CUACAAACCACUCUCCAUGCCCAAGUACAACGAACUUCCCAUGACCCAAAUAACCUUGUUGAUGGUAGCUUUCCACAUCCUGUACAUGGACACUCAGAAACUUCUCGAUAGAUAACCAGAACCUUAUAUAAAGUAUGGAUCUUCAACAUCCACAAAUGGAAAAAACCACGUAUGCUUUCAAAUUUCCUCUCCGCUUUCCAGCAACCUGUGAUUCUUUACCUCUGAUUCUUCACUCCGCCAAAUCAACCACCAUGUCUCCCAACCGUCAGGAGAUGCGCAACGAUGCACUAUCGCGGAUAGGACUUCCCAUAAUUCCAGUCGAUCCGGCUCCUCAAGCUUCCGAAUGGAACGACGACGAGACGACGCUCGUCACAUCGGCCAGCCUAUCCUUCUCAACCUUCUCCAUCGACGACACAGCUCAUAGACUUCAUCGUACUGACGACGGCUUAUUAGUCGUGGAUAAUGAUUUUUACCCUGAUCCCCUAUUCCGGGAGGAAUUAGCCGAAUUUCUGAAUACUCAUUUCGGGAAUUAUAGAGAAGCAGUGGAUCGAGGCUCGAGGAAUCUUACGCACCGCUUGAAUAAUGCGGUGGCGUUUGGGACCGUUGAUCUUGAUGCAGGACUGCAGGGAGAAAACCGUCAAGGGCGUCCAACAACUGGUCGCGGCAGCAGGGUGUACCAUUGGAUACUAUCUCAUGUUACAAUUUCUCUGCCAAGGGAGGGCAUUUAG